CAAACCACCCGGACACAUUUUGGAGACGGACCGAACGCAAGCCCAACGCUGGAGGGAGAUUUAAGAGGCGCGUGCAAGCACGAAGGCGGUUCCAAACUAUGUUAAUGGUCCCAGGACCUGCAUUUUAAAGUCCAGUUUUAGUUAUUUUAUUUAAGCAUCAUAAUGUCGUCGGACGGCGAUAUAAAGACAACGCCGAGAGGCUUUCAGUGUGUUCUGUGCAACGUCAACCUACCUAAUAUGUCCAGUGUGGAUCAGCACGUAAAGGGGCGGAAGCACCAGACUCUGAGUUCUGUUCGAACCACCAGGAAAACCCACGAGGAGCGCAGCGUGUUUGUCAGCGGCAUCAAGCCUGAAGUCUCUCAGUCUGACCUAACCGAGCACUUCCAGCAGUUCGGGCCGAUCGCUGAUGUCAUCAUGGAUAAAGAAAAGGGAGUGUUUGCCAUAGUGCAGUUUGCUGAGACUGAGAGCGCACACGCUGCUCUGACCUGUGUGGAGCAUCUGAUGAAAGGCCUGAAGCUCAGAGUUAAACCUCGAGAGAGGAAGGAGUUCAAGUUGAUUCCAAAGAAGAGGAACGAUGCUCAGAGCCUGGAACAAAUGUUUGAGCGUCUCAAACCCGAGCUGUGUCAGCUGCCGUCCGUGGACGCUCAGAUGCAGUACGUGGUGGAGCGGCUGCAGCUGGGAGAGAAUGAAAAGAAGGCUCGCGAGUUGCUGGUUCAACUCCUGCAGGAAAUCUUUGUUGAAUUUUUCCCAGACAGUGAGAUUUUGCCGUUUGGCUCUUCUGUCAACACUUUCGGAAUCCACUCCUGUGAUUUAGACCUUUUCCUGGACCUGGAGAACACAAAGACGUUCCAGGCCCGGGCCAAGUCCACCACAGAACAGGUUGGUGAGGGAGUGUCUGAUGACGGCCGUUCCGAGGACUCCAUCUUGUCAGAUAUCGAUCUGACCACAGCCUCCCCCGCCGAGGUGCUUGACCUUGUGGCGACCAUCCUGAAGCGCUGCGUCCCCAACGUGCACAAGGUGCAUGUGGUCGGCACCGCUCGCCUUCCUGUCGUCAAGUUCCAGCACCACAAGCUGAACCUGCAGGGGGACAUCACCAUCAACAACAGGCUGGGAGUGAGGAACACACGCUUCCUCCAGCUGUGUUCUGGGAUGGAGGAGCGCCUGAGGCCUCUGGUGUACACCAUCCGAUUCUGGGCCAGGCAGAAGAAGCUGGCUGGUAACCCCAGCGGCGCCGGCCCCCUCCUCAACAACUACGCUCUGACCCUGCUGGUCAUUUUUUACCUGCAGAACUGCGAGCCUCCUGUUCUCCCCACAGUGGAGCAGCUGAAAGACAUGGCCUGUGAGGAAGAGGAGUGUGUGAUUGAAGGCUGGAACUGCACCUUCCCCAGUCAACCCAUUGCUGUGCUUCCCAGCAAGAACACACAGGACCUCUCCUCCUUGCUGGCUGGUUUCUUCUCCUUCUAUGCAAAGUUUGAUUUUGCCAGCAAUGUCGUAUCCUUAAGGGAGGGGCGCGCACUUCCUGUUGUAGAUUUUCUUGGCAAAGGCAAAGAAGAGGAGGAAAACCCCCCCAAAGGCAGUCGCCAACACCCCAAAUUGGGCUCCAUGACUCUCCUGGAUCCUUUUGAGCUCUCCCACAACGUAGCCGGAAACCUGAACGAGCGCUCCCACCACAACUUCCAGAGGGAAUGCCAGGAGGCGGAGAAGUACUGCCGCAGCCUGCAGUACCAGCACAAGUCCGCCAAGGGCAAGUCAUGGGGGCUGGUGCGCUUGUUUACCCCUCAUGGGGAAGUCUCGCUCAACAAAGCAGAGCAGCUGAGCAUCAGCAUCCCUUUUAAAUCAACGUCGCUCCCUGAGGCGAUGCGCAGCGAGCUGCACACGGCGGGAGAGGAUUUUCGCCGUCUGUGGUUCCAGAAGGUUCUCUCUGCUGUGGAACAGGUGUUCAGAGCCGUUCUCCAGUGUCACCUCACGGUGUCCUCUGACGCUGCAGCAGGAGAGGAGGCAGCAGAAGGCCCGCCAGCUUCCAUGAACUCCUCAGGAAAUGACAGUUUUGAUGGCGUUCCACCUCAGACGGAACAAAGUCCUCAGGACGCGGUGGUGGUCGGAGCAAAGAGGUUGCUCUCUUCAGGCAGCGACACCUCAGUUUCGCCCCAAGGCAAAAAAGCCAGGCUGAUGAAAAGAGGAAAGCCGGAUGCGCCCCCGUGGAUCUGUACGCAGAAGUAUCCGGUGUGGGCCGGCAGGAGGAAAGUGAAGCGGGAAAUCCUGAAGGGCCCGGACUCCGGGGCCGAGGGCAGCUGUGCAGAGCUGGAGUCCAAGGUCACAGCCCACAUCCAGGAGAAAGAAGCCCAACUCAAGGAAGCCCUGGAGUUCAGAGUUCAGCCCCAGGUGGUGGGGGGGACAGAGAGCACAAAGGCGGUGCUCCGGCUGCAGCCUAGCAGCGACAAACCGGGAGCUUUCCACGACUUUUUUCACUUUCUGGAGGUUUUUGUACCCAAGAUGGUCGACACGUUGCUGGAAAAAGAAGCGCAGAACCAGAUGACUUGUGACUAAACUGAGCCACAACACAGAUGUUCCUCAGCAGAAAUCAGAGAUUUACUUUAGUUUGAAUGUUGGUUUGACGUCACAGUGUUACUGUUUUCAUUUAUACUGUAUUUUUGUAAUAAAAAGGGAAUUAUUGUUUAACGUUUCUGUUCAGAACGGCUCAAAAAGGCUGAAACUUUGAAAAUAAAAAACAUUUUUUGGCUGAAGGAGA